AAAUAAAAAAAAUAGGUAUCUAUGGUAUGAUCAUGAAUGUAAGUUGAAUCGAAAGGAAAGAAACAACAAUAGAAGUAGAAGUAGAGAUAGAUCUGGGUGGUUCUUGUCUCAAUGGGCAGAGCCUCCAUAUUCGUUUACAUCACCGUUGCACUCGUCGUUCUCUUGUUCCUCUCCCUCUCCCCCAAACACAACCACCUUAACCACCGUCACCGCCGCCUCAAACUCCGCUCCAACUUCACACUCUCUCCCGCCCGCCACCACUCCGUUGCCUUCGACCCCCUCGUCGCCGAGCUCGAACGCCACCGCGAAGACAAAGAAUGGGAGAAGCAGCACAUCCACCACUCCCACCCCGAGCUCGAACGACCCCCCGCCGACAACCACCACGACUCUGCCCCCGCUCACGAGUCCCAGCCCGAGUGGGAGGACUUCAUGGACGCUGAGGACUUCAUCAAUGACGAGGACAAGUUCAAUGUCACCAGCAGGUUGCUCCUCCUCUUCCCCAAGCUCGAUGUCGACCCUACCGAUUCCUUCGUCUCGCUCCACGAGUUGACUCAGUGGAACCUCCAGCAGGCGCAGAGGGAGGUUCUGCAUCGGUCACAGAGGGAGAUGGACCUCCAUGACAAGAACCGUGAUGGGUUUGUUUCCUUCUCCGAGUAUGAUCCUCCCAGCUGGGUUCAGAAUGCAGAUAAUGAUUCUUUUGGUUAUGAUAUGGGUUGGUGGAAACAAGAGCAUUUUAAUGCAUCUGAUGCAGAUGGAGAUGGCCUUCUGAACUUAACUGAGUUCAAUGACUUUCUGCAUCCAGCUGACAGCAAAAAUCCAAAGCUUCAUCAGUGGUUGUGCAAGGAGGAAAUCAGGGAAAGAGAUUCGGACAGAGAUGGGAAGGUCAACUUCAAAGAAUUUUUCCAUGGGCUCUUUGAUUUGGUAAGAAACUAUGAUGAAGAAAAUCACAAUGAUUCACAUCAUUCUGAUGACUCUAUGGAUGCUCCAGCAAGAGUGUUGUUUGCACAGCUUGACAAAGAUGGUGACGGGUUUUUGUCAGAUGUUGAACUGCUGCCUAUAAUUGGGAAACUUCAUCCAUCUGAGCAUUAUUAUGCAAAGCAACAAGCAGAAUAUAUCUUUUCACAGGCAGACGUUGACAAAGAUGGACACCUUACUUUGACUGAGAUGAUUGAGAAUCCAUAUGUAUUUUAUAGUGCUAUUUUCAAUGAUGAUGAAGAUGAAUAUGAUUACCACGACGAGUUCCGGUAAAUUCAUGUUAGGUAAAUCCUGCUCUCGUCAGUCUUAAUGCUUUUAUAACUAAUUCUAAAGUAACAUUAGAUUAGAAGCUUAUGUGAGCAGCUUUUGGGUGUCAAAGUUGAUUUUGAAAAGAAAAAAGCUGAUCCAAGCGUUGUAAUAAUCGAUUGAAGGAUACACGGAAAAGUUUGGCACAAUUCUAGUGACAAGGAAUCGGUAUUUGAAGUUCAUGACAUGACAGAAUCUUGAUGUUGUGGCCCUUGGUAGGUUCCUAGUCUCAAUCCUGGUGGGGUUUUGUACGGCGGCAACAUUUAUUGCUUCUUUCCCUUCAUAUUGUCUGGAGUUCUUAUUUGCUGAUAGGAUCCACCGUGGCUUGUUGUAGAGUCACACCUGGAUCAGUUGGAGGAUAACAUGAUCCAAACUUCCAUUGUAAAAUUUGUAGAAUGAUAUACAUAUUUUGAAUCACUGGUUGAGCCAUCAUUAAUUAAGCAGAACGCAUCAAUUUUCAAUGGAUAAAUAUACUACAUGUACCAUAUGACUGUGUCAAUCAGGGCAUGAUCAUAGUAGUACUUUCAGAAA